GAGGCUGAGGCCAUUCAAAUCCCCUAUGUCCAACCUCUCGGAGGCAACCUGCUUUUCCCGGCGGUCAUUAUGGCUGUCGCCGACCGGCAGAAGUCGAACUCCGAAAUGAAGCUCUUCCGGCUCUGUCCUUUUUGGCAAAGCGGAACGAACUCCUCUUCUUCGUCGUCCACGCACCAGUUCAACAACGGUGACCGACACGUGGACUCUACAGCUCUCUAUUCUAGGUCCACGAAAACGGUGUCGUCGGUGGCCAGAUCCCUCCUUCCUCCUCGGCAUCGACUUCGCCUUGAUCCUUCGAAUAAUCUCUACUUCCCCUAUGAACCUGGUAAGCAGGUUAGAAGUGCGAUAAGGUUAAAGAAUACCAGCAGGUCCCAUGUGGUUUUCAAGUUUCAAACAACUGCGCCAAAGAGUUGUUACAUGAGGCCACCUGGUGGCAUACUUGCGCCUGGAGAAAGCAUUAUUGCAACUGUUUUCAAGUUUGUGGAGCAUCCAGAGAAUAAUGAAAAACCUCUGGAUCAGAAGAGCAGGGAUAAGUUUAAGAUAAUGAGUCUGAAAGUGAAAGCAGGAAUAGACUAUGUGCCAGAGCUGUUUGAUGAGCAAAAGGAUCAAGUGACUGUUGAGCGAAUUUUGCGAGUUGUAUUUCUAGAUGCAGAGCGUCCUAGUCCUGCAUUGGAUAAACUCAGGCGACAGUUGGCUGAAGCUGAGGCUGCUCUUGAAGCACGUAAGAGACCUCCACCAGACACGGGUCCCCGAGUAGUUGGGGAAGGUCUUGUGAUAGAUGAAUGGAAGGAACGAAGAGAGAAAUAUCUGGCUCGGCAACAGGUUGAAGUUGUCGACUCAGUGUGAAGGGUCACUCUACUCAUUCCAAAGCGAUUUAUCUGCCCAGAUGGGGACGCUGUAUCAUUUACCCCUUCAAUCUUCAGUUUUUCAUGAAAGGUGGUCCCUCACUGUGUAGAAAAAAAAAAAUAGCACAUGAUGCCUCUAAAUGUGCUUCACAGGGCCACGGUUCUAGAUUUUUGGGUGAGCCCCUUUCUUGUAGAUAAUGCUUUGGCUAUGUUAUGCUAAUAAUAUAGAUGCGCAAUGUAUGAUCACUUCAUUUUGUAUACCUCCAGGCUUCAGAUUUAGGGUGCUUAGAUUUUUGUCCAGUUUUUCGGCCAUUUUUUUCUCGGUUGUAAUAUUUUAUUAAAUAUUAUUUAAUGAUUUCACCGGAUUGUAGGA